AUGCCGGGGGUGGCGGUGGUGGAUGGCAGCUUUGUCUGUGGGUUCCUGAGGACCGGCGUCGUUACCGUACCUGCGUGCGUGCGUCCAGGCCUGCCGGACGCCGUCUUCGAGCUGUCGGAGCUGCAGGUGCUGAAGCUGGAGCUCAUCCCGGACGUGAUGAUCCCGUCCAGCGUGGCUCACCUCACUCACCUGCGCGAGCUCUGGCUCUACCACACGCCCGCCCGCAUCGACAUGGCCGCGCUGGCGUUCCUGCGCGAGAACCUGCGCUCGCUGCACCUCAAGUUCACGGACGUGAAGGAGAUCCCGGGCUGGAUGUACAGCCUGCGCAGCCUGGAGGAGCUGCACCUCACGGGAAACCUCAGCGACGAGCACAACAAGUUCAUCUCGCUGGACGGGCUGCGUGAGCUGCGGCGUCUGCGCACACUGCGCAUCAAGAGCAACCUCAGCAAGGUGCCGCAGGUGAUCGUGGACGUGGGCCAGCAGCUCCAGAAGCUCUCCAUCAACAACGAGGGCUCCAAGCUCGUGGUGCUGAGCUCGCUCAAGAAGAUGGGCAACCUCUGCGAGCUGGAGCUGAGUCGCUGUGACCUGGAGCGAAUCCCUCACGCCAUCUUCUCGCUCACCAACCUCCAGGAGCUCGACCUCAAGGAAAACAACUUGAAAACGGUGGAAGAAAUCAUCAGCUUCCAGCACUUACACCGGCUCAGCUGCCUCCGUUUGUGGUACAACCAGAUCGCCUACCUGCCCAUCCAGAUCGGGCUGCUGUCGGGGCUCGAGCGGUUGUACCUCAACAGGAACAAGCUGCAGUCGAUCCCCGCGCAGCUCUCCUGCUGCCGGAGGCUGCGCCACCUGGAGCUCAGCCGCAACCUCCUCACCGAGAUCCCGCGGGAGAUCCGUGGCCUCACCAGCCUGCAGCACCUGGCGCUCACGGGGAACAAGAUCGAGGCGCUGCCGCUGGAGCUGUUUGAGUGCCGCAGGCUGCGCGUGCUCAUGCUGGGCCACAACGCCCUCACCUGCCUCCCGCCCGGCAUCGGGGCGCUCACCUCCCUGUCGCUGCUCGAGCUCACGGGGAACCCACUGGAGGGCCUUCCCGCCGAGCUGGGCCUCUGCCCGGCCCUGCGCCGGGCGGGCCUCCUCGUGGAGCCCGAGCUGCUGGCGUCGCUUCCCGCAGACGUCUCGCAGCACCUGCACGCGCCGCCCGGCACCGCCUACCGCGCCGGCUCGGAACCCUACCACGGGGGGGGCAACGGCGGCGGCGGCGCCGCUGUCCGCGGAGAGAGCGGCGGCGGCGACGGGCAGAGCGAUGCGCGCCGGGGUGCCGGCGGGGAGUCGGCGGCGGAGGAGACGGAGCGCCGCGGCGGGGAGGGGGAGGCGUUCGACGACGUCGGAGGCGGCCGCGCGAGCGAGGCGUUCCGCGGCGGCGGCGACGGCGUGAGCCAAGACAAGGCGCCGGCGGGCGGCGGAGGCGGGAAGGCCGUCUAGGGAGUGGUCCCGCGCUCGCACGGAGGCCCUGCUGCCCGGUGGCGAGGCCCAUCCUGGAGAUGAGGCCCCGGAGGGAGGGGUGGCUCCUUUGGCGGAGGCCGCGAUGCCGUAACUAACCCGUGUCGUGAACGCACUCCCGUCGGGGGGUCGCGCAAGCUCGUGGGAAGCGUCUGGGACGGUCGCCGUCAUUAGGCCGCGGAAGCGACCGUUCGGCUUCCACUGCUACUUUUAUAUUUCCUGCACAUUUUGCUGCACAUAAUGGAUGAAAAGAAAAUGAGGCAAUUUCUUGAUUCAUAAAAUAACAAUUCGCGAGCAGUUCCAUGAGUUGCCCUCACGUAUGCAGAAAAAUAUGCAAUAAACAUAAAAAAAACUGUUUAUAAUAUAACGUUCAAAUCUGUUAUUUAAAGUGUACGCUGGCUAACAUUUCAACCAGCAGUGCCUGAGAAUAAAUCACGGUUUGCGUCGACGCCUCCGUAAAUAAUAAUUGACGACUGCACAUAUACGCGCGCGUGGACGCACGCUUCACAUUGGAUCGCUGCGUCUGCCUGGCAGUACCGGAUCGUUCGAGGUAGCAUUUCCCCCCCUUUCACCAGGCGAGAGCUACAAAAGCGCGUCACCUUCACGAGGGAGACCUGGGGGAACGACGAUAGGGUACGGGUUGGAGGGCGGCACGCGAUUCGGAGCGAGUGCGCGUUCGGUGCAUUACCGGGCAACUGACGUGUCGCCCCCCCCCCCCAGGUCUCGCGUGAGAAUGGUGGUGUCUUGUGUUGUGAAAGAAGUUAUUUAAAUGUAUGUUUUUAAAGAUGCGCAGGCUGCCCAUCUGAGCUCUCGGAAAAUAUUAUGCCGCGUCUAACCGACGAAAUCUUGAGCUUUAAUUUUGUCUUAUAACCGUGCUCUACCGUGGGGUGUGAUCAAGGAUCUCCCGACAGCGACGGUGGGGGAGCGGUCACGGAGCAGGUGCCAUCGGCAGGCUUCUCGUGAUGAGCACCCACGCGGCACAAGCUGUCAUUUAGGACGCUACUUAGCUAGGAUGCCCGUGAGGCAUGUGCAGGUUGUGAUUUCGGUGCGUGUAAAACACACGCACAAACACUAAUCUUAAUGAGUAUCACUAUAGUGUCCUAAUAAUGCAUGAUGCUUCGAGAGUGCAGGUUGUCAUUGAACGUGGCAUGAAGUUUGAGCAGUAUAAUGCACUCAGGGUUACGACUUUGUGCCAACGCGCACAGGUUGUGUUUUACUGCAUUGCCCACAGCGGCAACCGCAGCAGCAGCAGCAGCAGGAUUUACACUCCCAGUGAUUGCGAAAUUUUGGGCAUAUGGGCAAAGGAGCCAGUAGCAGCAGCUGGCUUACGUUCAAUCCUCGCGUCACUUUGGAUCAUUCUCCUGCAUUCAAAGCCGAAAGAAUAGUUACACAUUGAACCUGAAUGUGCAUUUUUGCUGUGGUGAGCCCUCGGAGAAUCUGCAGGGUUCGCUCUCUCUCCCUCUCCUCUGCAAUGCCCCUUAUUUCUGAUUGUGUCUUGACCCUUGUUGUCAUUCUUGUUUCCAAUUGAUUGUCUCCAUAAUCAUUGCAGUUGUCAUGGCCAAAGGCACACACGAGAGCACAUCAUGAACACGCAAAACGGCCAUCCUUGUGGUUCUCACAAGUGUUUAGCCUCGGUGCGCCGUUUAUCACGUUCUCAUCUUUACUUUUUUUUAAUGAACACUUUUAUACAUUUUAUUUUCAGUAGGAAUUUUUUAUCUGACUCUUUCUGGUUAUGCAGUUAUGUCAGAGCUGUUUUCUAAAUCACGUUUAUAUAUUUGCUCGAUCGAUAUACUUAAGGCAAAUGUGUGUCGCGAUGCCUGUGCAGUGUUAGUUUAAUUUGUGUGUCGAUCGUCGUAAUCACAAAGCAUGCAUUUUCUCGGUGUCCCCUGAUCUCCAAGGCAAAUCCAUGACCAAUGUCAAAAACGCAUAACUCUACUCCAGACAAAGCUGGCGACCUACCACCUCUGCGAACUCCGUUUGGAGACGCCGCCAAUUGUGAACGCCGGAGUUCAAGACGUCAGGGCUCGUGAAUUCCAUCGUGCUGGCCACUGUCGUGCAAGGGGCUGGAUUGAGGACCGCUUUGGCAUGGGUGCCCUCAAGAAGUGGGCACGCUUCUCGAGUUGAAAAGUGGAUUUACCAGUCGCCAAGUAAAUGUGUGCACGGAAUUGUGAAAAUCUCACUCCCUUAGGCAUGAGUAAAGACUCCGUGACCUUGUGAGAGCAGGGACGUUAUGCCAAUUUAUCAGCACACAUUAUAUGCGUGAAUAUCACUGGUAUGUUAACAUAAUUGGUUUACCCAGGUCUUCAUUGUAACAGGUCUCGAUAUGUUCUUACCUCGCUAAUUAGUGGAAUUGGUAUGAGAUCCACGAACAGUAUGGUCACAAAAACGGACUUGAGAACUUAAAUUGGCAUCAUUAAAAUGUACCCAAAGGCUCCAGUUGUAUCCAUGUUUGGUUUCUGAAUUCAAGCAGGGUGAUGGAAAUUGUGAGCUUAAUUAGUGGAAUCGGUUUUGCAUGGUGUCAACUUUGCACUCUUUUUCCGAUGUCGCAUUCACGCUUCCGGUUUAAUUUUCAUACUCACUGGGGGCGUCCCUUUUGUCUAAAGAAAUAAAUAUGCAAACGAUGCCUCUUCUCACA